ACAGCCGCAAUCGAGCUAAAUAACUGUUACACAGCAGCAGCAGCAGCAUCAUCAGUUGAAGAAGAGGAAGAACAAGAAGAACAAAUCAACAUGGACGAAACACAACAUUUCUGUCUGCGAUGGAACAACUAUCAGAGCAGCAUCACAUCGGCAUUCGAGAAUCUUCGCGACGACGAGGACUUUGUCGACGUGACGCUCGCCUGCGAGGGACGCAGCAUAAAAGCGCAUCGCGUCGUCCUCUCUGCAUGCAGCCCCUACUUCCGCGAUCUGCUGAAGAGCACACCCUGCAAACAUCCGGUCAUCCUGCUGCAAGAUGUCAACUUCAUGGAUCUGCACUCGCUGGUGGAGUUCAUAUACCACGGCGAGGUCAAUGUGCAUCAGAAGUCGCUGCAGUCCUUCUUAAAGACCGCCGAAGUGCUGCGCGUCUCGGGCCUAACACAGCAGCAGGCCGAGGACACGCACAGCCACUUGGCACAGAUACAGAAUUUGGCAAAUGCGGGCAUACGCACGCCGCUCAACUCACAUCCACAUCAUGGUUCGUCGUUGCACGAUGAUGGGGCUGCCACAUUGUUUAGCAGCCGCCAGGUCGGUGGCUCGCCGCCGCCUCCACCGCCGCCGCAGCAGCUGCCACAGCAUAUCAAUAACAAUCUGCUGAAGCGCAUGGCCAUGAUGCAUCACACCAGCGGCGUCGUGGACGAGACAACAUCGCACGCCCUCAAGCGUUUGCGUAGCGUCGACAACAACAACGGCCUCUCUGCCAACAGCAACAACAACAGCAGCCCCGAUCUGCAGCUCCAUGCGCGCAGCGCCUCGCCCCAGCUAACGCCGGCCGACUUUAGCACGAUCAAACACCACAACAACAACAAUACGCCGCCGCUCAAGGAAGAGAAGCGCAAUCGGUCCACCGGCAAUGGCAACUCGGGCAACGGCAACAACAACACCAAUGGCAACGGCAACGGCAAUGGAAAUGGCAACGGGAUCUCUAUCAGCGAGAAACUUGGCAGUAUGACACCCUCGCCGCUGACACGGGGCGUCGAGGACGUUAAGUCGGAACCCAUGGAGCUGGUCUGCUCCAACAACAACAAUGCCAACGCCAAUGUCAAUGAUGAGCACAGCAACGAUUCCACAGGCGAACACGAUGCCAAUCGUUCCAGCAGCGGCGACGGCGGCAAAGGCUCCUUGAGCUCUGGCAAUGACGACGAGAUCAACGACAACCUAGCCACCCAUCAUGCCGCACAGCCCUUCAUCAUGUCACCGGCUGAGAGCAAACUGUUUCCAGGUGGAUUCAAUUUUCCGAUUAGCAAUCUCGAUCAUCCAGCCUUGAUUGGUCUCAAUACCCAGCUACAACAAUCUGGUGAACUCGCUGUCUCUCCACAAGGAACGCUCAAUAUAAAACGAUCCGCGGCCAAUUCGCCAACCAGUUCUACCUCAUCGCCGCCGUCGCCGUCCAACGCGUUGACAUCGCCGACCUACUCGCUAAAUGGCAGCUUAGCUGCUGCCGUCUAUCAUCUGCAGACGUCGCCUCCUCGCCCGGGCAGCGGCGGCGGCAACGGCAGCGGCAACGGCGGGGGCAGCAACCUCUGCUCGCCUUCAAAUGCCAACGUGAACAGCAACAGUCAUGGCAAUAAUAUUAGUCCAGCCAAUGUCAAUGCCAGUGCUAACCUCAACAACACAUCCACCUCGCCGCAGUCUGGCAAUGGGGGUGUGGGCGUUGGUGUCGGUGUUGGUGUUGUGCCAGUGCCACCAGUGCCGCUGCGCAUGCCGCCGCCAACCAGUGGCGGGAUUAAUGAGCCGCAGGAGUGCCCCUACUGUCGACGCACAUUCUCCUGCUACUACUCGUUGAAGCGGCACUUUCAAGACAAGCACGAGCAGUCCGACACGCUGUACGUAUGCGAGUUCUGCCACAGGCGAUAUCGCACCAAGAACUCGCUGACAACGCACAAGAGUCUGCAGCACCGUGGCUCGAGCGGCAUGCUGAAGCGCCUGCUGAAGACGUCGGCCAUCAAGCAUGGUCUGGUCGGCGGUCAUCAUGCCCAUCCGCAUCACCAUCAUCACUCGCUCACGCACUCGCGCAGCAGCCUCUUCGACUUCAAGAGCGAGCUGGGCCAGCCCCCACCGGGCAUACAAUAGGAUCUACGUUGGAAUGCAAUUUUUUAGAGAAUUACUGUCUAGAGACCAGCUACAAAUACUUCGCCCUCCCCCACACGCCCAGACACCCAGACGGCCCACACGGGCAUCUGGCCACACGUCUUUCAUAAUUUUAUAGAUAUAUUUGUGACAACGAGCCAAAGGCUCCCCGCAACACACAGGCCACUGUUCGUGCUCACAUUUAGUUAUUAGAGUGACAUCUAUUUUUUUUUUAUCUAUAUAUACAUAUAAAUAUGCAUAUUCUUAGUUGUAUCUGAGUUAGAAGUUAAUUUAAUGUUAUUCAAUUGGUUUUGUAUCUUAAAAUUAUGCUCUCCAACUACUUAGUAGUUGAAGCAACGUGGAUGACAGGCGCAAGCAGGCGCGGAAUGACGUUGCUUCAUGUGCAAUACCUCAAAGCAAACAAAAGGAAAUAAUAAUCAAUAAUCGUUUACGCACGCGCAUCUAAUAUUUGGGUAAAUAAGCUGGCUUAACUAUAAUUUACUUUAAGCACACAUUUGCUUAGCUUAAGAUCUAUUAAUGUGACAAACAACAAACCACAAACAGCAACAGCAAACAACAACAAAAGGAAAGAGAGCGAAGGACUAAACCAAGCUAAGAGCUAAGCAAAUCAAAUUGUGUUUUGGGCAGACUUUGGCAGAUGCGUAUAAAGUAAAUCUACAUAACAUAUCAGGGCGUAUACGCAAUAUUCCCAAGACAGCUCAAGAAAGCGUGAAAGUAAAGCGAAAGCGAAUUGCUCAGAGCUCGAUACUGCCCAAAACAUUUGCCUUAGCAAUUUUCUUGUUGUUUUCUUAUAAAUUCGGUGUUUUUUUUUUU